AUGCUAAAAUUCUUCUUUGUUCAUCAAAUUUUUCUUAUUGCUAUUUUAAAUGCUAUUAUGCCAAUCGCGGAUCAGUAUUUCUUAAUGAUUGGUGAUCUUUGUUGGCAUUCAAAUUGUCUUCGUUGCUGUGAUUGUCAAUGCACACUUCAAGCACAAACUUCUUGUUUUUACAAAGAUGGACUUGUCUUUUGUCGCGAAGAUUACGUUUUGAAAUUUUCGAAAAGAUGCGGUCGAUGUAGUUCAAUACUCGCAUGCACAGACGUCGUCAUGCGAGCACGUGAUGUUGCUUUUCAUCUUCAGUGCUUUACUUGUAUAAUUUGUUCUAUUCCUUUGCGGCCAGGAGAGAUUUUCGCGAUGUGUGAGAAUAAAAAUCUAUAUUGUCAAGAUUUUGCACAGUCUCCUCGUUUCAAGUUAUUUCUCUGCGAACGCAUAUAUGUUUUUUCAGCAUGUUGUGAAGAUGAAGGAAUCUCUCAGUCUAAUAGGUCAAAGCGAAUGCGCACCAGUUUCAAGCAUCAUCAAUUGAGGACGAUGAAAAGCUAUUUCAAUUUAAAUCACAAUCCGGAUGCAAAAGAUCUCAAACAACUUUCGCAACGAACUGGACUUUCAAAGCGAGUUUUACAAGUAUGGUUCCAAAAUGCAAGAGCGAAAUUCCGACGCAAUAAUACUCGAAAUCGAGAUUUAGCCAGUGUUUCACCACGCGGUAAUCAAAUCAACGAUAUUCAAGCCACUAGCGAACAGGUAGAAUAUUUUUUAAAAAUUUUCUGGAGCAAUUAA